AUGUUACAUGACAAAGAGCUUGUGAAUCAGCACAUGUCUCGUGCACUGGAGACCAAUCCUUGCAUUAUUAUUCACGUUGAUUACCCUUUAAGGAAUCAGCUCUGCUUUCUUGAAUUUUCCAAUCAUGGUAGAGAAGUAGUGAGGAAAAUCAGGACUCCUUUUGCAAACUCUGUGCCAGAAUUUAAAGUGGUCGGUUCGUGUAAUGGACUAUUAUGCAUAUGUGAUUCUCUGUUUAAUGAUGCACUUUAUGUGUACAAUCCUUUUACAAGGGAUUACAAGGAACUUCCUAGAUCAAUAGAAUUUGAGGUGCAAAAGUUGGUUUUUGGUUUUGGAUUUAAUCAUGUUACUAAAGAGUACAAGGUGAUCAAGAUUAUAAAUUAUGCCAACAUGUAUUAUAAUGACCCCGUGCGUUACCGUAGAUUUCGAGUUCCCCGCUUUGGUAAAUCAGAUGUUCAAGUACUUAGUCUUGGUAACAAUAGGUGGAAAAGUAUUGGAGAAGUUAUUUAUCGUUUUGAUCCGAGUUCUCAAGGAAUUAUGUUGAACGGGAAGAUGCAUUGGUUGACUCGAUUUGGUAAGUAUAAUGGACGUCGUGAUAGGCUUAUCAUUUCGUUUGAUUUAGCUGACGACGUAUUUGGUGAAGUACCAAAAGUUGAUUUUGAUGUAAAGCCAAGAAUUGUUCAGCAUCAUCUAGCAGUUCUUGGAGACUGUCUUGCUGUUGCUCUAACUUUGCCUCACUAUGAAGGUGGAGGAUUUGAAAUUUGGGUAAUGAGAGAAUACAAUGUGAAAGAAUCUUGGAUGAAGGAGUUUAGAGUUGAGGCUUUUACACCCACUCCAAAUUCUGUUACACAACAUGUGCAACCCUUGAUGAAAGUUCUAUGCUUGUUGAAGAAUGGAGAGCUUUUGCUUGAGUACAAAGGUGGAAAUCUUGUUUCAUAUGAUCCAAAGAAUUGUGUCUUUAGGACACUGAGGUUUGAGGGGAUGCCUAAUUUGUUUAAGACAUUUGUUCAUGUGGGGUGUCUUAAUUGGAUUGAUAUCCCACCUGCAGAUCUUUUACAAAAUUAG